AUGGAUGCUACAGCCAAGAGCGGCUUCAGCCGGCCGCAGUUUGAGUCUUUGCUCAAGCGUCGGUUCUUCUUCACAGAGUCCUUUGAGAUCUACCGCACGGCACCCAACUUCCAGGGCGACAAUCGUGGCCUCUACGACUAUGGCCCGCCCGGUUGUGCGCUGCAGGCGAACAUCGUCAGCGAGUGGCGCAGCCACUUUGUGAUCGAGGAGAACAUCAUGGAGCUAGAUUGCACGGCAAUCACACCGGCUGAUGUGCUCAAGACGAGUGGCCACGUCGAGAAGUUUGCCGACUACAUGUGUCGUGACCCGGCCAAGGGCGAGUAUUUGAGAGCCGACCACCUUGUCAAAGGCGUGUUGGAGACCCGGUUGGAAGGUCAUGCAAAGGCCGUGGCGGGCCAAGCCAAGUUCACAAAGCUAGACAGCGCCGUUGCACAAGAUUUUGAGUCUAUCCUCGCUCAGCUGGACAACUAUGGCGGCCCAGAGCUGGGUGAGCUUAUCGAGAAAUAUGACAUUCGGAAUCCGAACGGCAACGGCAAAGUACUCCCUCCCGUGCCCUUCAAUCUCAUGUUCCAGUCGACCAUUGGCCCCAGCGCCGCCGCGCCCAUCUACCUGCGGCCCGAAACAGCCCAGGGGCAGUUCCUUAACUUCCAGAAACUGCUUGAAUUCCGUCGUGGUGCGAUGCCGUUCGCGUCUGCCUGUAUCGGCAAAUCCUACCGGAACGAAAUCUCCCCGCGUUCGGGGCUGUUGCGGGUGCGUGAGUUCCUCAUGGCCGAGAUCGAGCACUUUGUCGACCCGGACACCAGCAAGAGCCACGAGCGAUUCGGUGAGGUAGCGGACGUGCAGCUGCCACUCCUGGACCGCGGCACACAACUCGCAGGCCGCACUGACGUGCGAUUGCUGUCAAUCGGUGAGGCGGUCCACGGGGACUCAAAAACGGGCAAGUCAUUGGUGGACAACGAAACACUUGGGUACUUCCUUGUUCGCAUCUACCUCUAUUUGCUGAAAAUCGGGGCCGACCCUGCCCGUGUGCGCUUCCGGCAGCACUUGGACAACGAGAUGGCGCACUACGCGUCUGACUGUUGGGACGCGGAGCUGCUGACCAGCUACGGCUGGAUCGAGUGCGUUGGCUGCGCCGACCGCAGCGCCUACGACCUAACGGUACACGCCAAACACACGGGCUCACCGCUCAACGUCGAGGUGACCCGGCCGGUCCCGGUGGAAGUCGAUGCAUGGCAGGCUGUCUUGGAUAAGAAAGUCCUUGGGCCACGGUUCAAGAAGGACGCGAAAAAGAUUGAGGCUUCCGUCGCGGCGCUCGACCAGUCGACGCUGGCCAGCCUUGCCGACGAGCUUGCACAAAAAGCAGUCAUUACCGUGCCGACCGAGCCCCUGGCGACCGGCGCUUCAUCUGUAGAGCUGUCCGCGGACAUCUGCACGAUUGAGAAGGUGAAGCGCGUCGAACACACGCGCAAGUACACACCGAAUGUGAUUGAGCCUUCCUUUGGUAUCGGCCGCAUUCUGUACAGCGUCCUUGAACAUGUCUACUGGCACCGGCCGGAUGACGUCGCGCGGGGGGUCCUGUCUCUCCCGAUCCUGGUGGCCCCGACCAAGGUGCUGAUUGCACCGCUUUCGAACAACGCAACUCUGCAGCCCAUUGCUAAAAAGCUGGCCGCUCGCCUCCGGCGUCUGCGUAUUGCCAACGAUGUCGAUUCGUCUUCUACGUCCAUCGGGAAACGCUAUGCACGCAAUGACGAGCUCGGCACGCCCUUGGGCGUGACGAUUGAUUUUGACACCGUCCAGAAUGGGUCGCUGACGCUGCGCGAGCGAGAUUCCAUGGCACAGGUGCGGGCGUCCGAGGAUGAGAUUAUCGAGGCUAUCUGCAGCCUUGUGGAGGGGAGAGAAUCCUGGGCAGAUGUAUACAAACGAUUGCCGCCGUUUACGGGCCAGAACCAGGACGAGUAA